AUGUCUCUUUCAAAGAUGAAAAGGGAUCCAAGUUUACAAGGAUCUACUACAAUCAGUGAUAUGCCUCCAAACAUCAUAGAAAACAUCCUUUCCCGUUUGCCUAUUAAGGAAGCUGUGAGAACUUGCAUCUUAUCAAAAGAGUGGAGAUUUAACUGGGUUACUCUUCCAGAGCUUAUAUUUGAUUGUUUCCUCAUACAUACUUUUAUAAACCAGAAUCUUAAUCUUGUAAGAUUUAUUGAUGAAGUUCUCUCCCAUCAUAGAGGCCCAAUCUGCAAGUUCGAGAUCUCUCAUCUGUGGUUUCCAUAUACCACAGAUAUAAUAGAUAAGUGGAUACUAUGCUUAUCGAGAAAUUAUAUACAAAAAUUAAUCCUUCGUCUGCAACCCUGGCCUAUAAAUUAUGAGUUACCAUCUUGUAUCUACUCUUGUGAACACCUGAUUCAUUUGGAACUCAGUUUUUGCACACUUAGACGUCCACCAUUGUUUGCAAACUUCGAGUCCCUCCGAAGCCUUGUGCUUUAUAAAGUUGAUUUUGUUGGGUUCACAUUUGAGAAUCUGAUUUCUAGGUGUCCACAACUUGAGAAGUUGAAAAUAGAAGGAUUUACAGAUUCCACUGACCUAUUAAUCUAUGCUCCUAAGUUACAAGAGUUGGUCGUGGUUGGGUUUUGCAAGGUUAUGCAAAAUAUACACUUCAAGAACACCCCACAACUAGCAAGUGUCUCUCUUCAUUUGCUAUGUUUUGGUUUGAGAGGAGUACUUAUGAAUCAAAAUCACGAAGGAAUUUCCCGUUUGAUGAAGGUUUUUGGAAGUCUUGUAGGAAUUGAGAAGCUUUCUGUGGGUGGUAAUUUUCUGAAAUUCUUGGCUGUGGAUUUGAUACCCAUGAGGCUUCCGAAUGCUUUUUAUCAUCUAAAGAGAUUGGAUCUGGAAAUCUGCUUUAAAGAUUUGCAUAUGAUGUCAGCGGGACUUUGCUUGAUCAGAAGCGCCCCAAACUUGGAGGAACUCAAGAUCGAUGCGGUUCCCCACACAUACACUACUUCAGGAUUUUGGGAAGUACCAGAUGGACUAGAGUGCUCAUUAAACCAUCUUCAAAAUGUGAUUAUUACACGUUUUGAUGGUCUAAGACUUCAACUAGAAUUCAUUAAAUUACUACUCACUAUUACACCUGCUCUUGAGAAGAUGAGUAUUCAUGGCUUCAAACAUAUUGAUGCCCAAGGCCAGCCCAUGAAUGGAUCAAGGAUGUUGGAGGAAUUGAUGCAUUUACGUAGAGCGUCCAUGAAUGCACAAUUUGAAUACUUUGAGGCAAAUGAAUUAGUGGGAUUUUAA